AUGGCAGAUCUUCGAACAUCCAAGAAGCCCAAACAUUUAGAUACCCCUAGUAAGUUGAUGUUUGGGUCACCUGGGAGGAAACAUGUCGCGUCUCAAGCAUCAAGCAACUCCACGACAGCUCUCAGAGGGCCCAGUCUUCAGCCACCAACAUAUUCACAACUUUCAAGGGGCAGAUCAGUGUACAGUCAGUCACCACCAAGGUCGCCUAAUAGGUCGCCAGCUCGCCGAAUAGAACUUAUUCAGCUUUCACCGAUAAAGAACAGUAGAUUAGAGUUGCAAAAGAUUUAUGACGGGAAGCAAACGACAACAAAAAGGUUGUCUAUUAAGAACCUUAUCCUUAACAAUUUCAAGUCAUAUGCAGGUGUUCAAGUUGUUGGCCCAUUCCACAGUUCUUUUUCAGCAGUUGUAGGUCCCAAUGGAUCUGGUAAAUCUAAUGUCAUCGACUCUAUGUUAUUUGUAUUCGGUUUUAGAGCUAACAAAAUGAGACAGGGGAAACUUUCAAAUUUGAUUCAUAAAUCUGAGAAUCACGAGAAUUUAAGUUUCUGUUCGGUAGAGAUUACAUUCCAAUAUGUUAUGGAUGAUGCAGAUGGAAACACCAAAGUAUUGCCUGAUGUCCAAGAGCUUUCCGUCAUGCGUAAGGUAUUUAAAAACAACACUUCAAAGUACUAUAUAAAUGGAAAGGAGAGUUCAUAUACAGAAGUGACUCAGUUCCUACGUAAUGAGGGAAUCGAUUUGGACCAUAAGAGGUUUUUAAUAUUACAAGGAGAGGUUGAGUCUAUAGCCCAAAUGAAGCCCAAGGCAGACCAUGAAGGAGAUGAUGGGCUAUUAGAGUAUUUAGAAGAUAUUAUUGGCACAGCAAAGUACAAAUCUCAAAUCAGGGACGCGUUAGUAGAGAUGGAUACACUCAAUGAUAUAUGUAUGGAGAAGGAAAUUAGAUUUGAACUUGUAGAGAAAGAAAAGCGAUCGUUGGAAGCAGGGAAGGAGCAGGCACUUGAAUUUAUAGCAAAGGAGAAGCAAUUGACCUUAUUAAAGUCGAAGCAGCUUCAGUGGGAUAUUAAUAAAGAGACUAAAAAGCUCGCAGUAACGCUAGAUAAAAUAAGUGCUUUUACAGAGAAACUGGAGAAUGAAAGAAAUAAAUAUGGUGAACUUCAGAAAGAAAUAACUGAUUUAAGGGAGUUAUCUGACAAUCUAGAAGAACAGAUCACUAAGAUCAAUGCAGAAAAAAGUCAACUGGUAAAAGACAAACUUCAAUUGCAAAGAGAACUUGUGUCCAGUGAGGAAAAACUGAAGAGUUUAAAUCAAAAACGCACUAAGGCUGAGAAGACUUUACAAGUUGCAGAGAAAAAUAUUAGACACUGUGAAAAUAAUAUCCGAAGACUUAAUGAAGCUCAGACGGAGUUUGAAAAUUCCUUGUUGGAAUUAAAUGAGUCUUUACAUAGUGAACGGUCGGAGUUGGAUGCAAUCAAAAUGUCAUUACGCGAUAAGACCAGCAGCAUAUCUGAAGAGGUGGCGUCACUAGAAAAGGAGCUUGAACCUUGGACUACAAAACUAGAGGCAAAGAACUCUCAGAUAAAAUUAGCUGAGUCCGAAAUCCUGAUUAUCAAAGAAUCAAAAUUGAAACUUGAACAAGAAAUUUCUCAGCUUCGCAAAGACAUUGAAUCUUACAAAGAUAGAAUUGAAAAUCACAAAAAGAAAAUCAACAAAUUAGAAAAAGAAUCAGCAGCAAUUACCAGCUUUAUUUCUACUGCUCAAGGUGAAUGCGAUAGUGCCAAAAAGAAAUUGGUGGACAUGAAACAGGUUCUAACUAAUCACCGUCAGCGUAUGACAGAUGCUCGUGUUGCUCUUUCAAACGUCGAAAAUAAGAACAAGGUUCUAGGCGCAUUAUGUCGAUUGCAAAAAUCUGGUCGUAUUCACGGGUUCCAUGGACGUUUAGGGGAUUUAGGAACUAUUGAUGAUAAAUAUGAUAUUGCUAUUUCAGUUGCAUGCCCAAGACUGGACGAUAUAGUCGUCGAAACGGUUGAAUGUGCUCAACAAUGCAUUGAACAUCUUAGAAAAAACAAAUUAGGAUAUGCAAGAUUUAUUUUAUUGGACAAACUAAAAAAGUUCAAUAUGGCAAAAGUUACAACACCCGAGAACGUUCCAAGACUCUUUGACCUGACCACUCCAAAAAACGAAAUCUUCGCUCCUGCAUUAUAUAGCGUUCUAAGAGAUACAUUGGUUGCUAAAGAUUUAGCCCAAGCCAAUCGUGUGGCAUAUGGUACAAGGAGAUUCCGAGUAGUGACGUUAGAUGGUAAACUAAUUGAUAUUUCUGGUACUAUGUCGGGUGGUGGGGAUCGUGUUGUCAAAGGCUUAAUGAAAUCAAAACAGAGAUCCAAUGACAUGUAUACUUCUGAAGAAGUUCAACGUAUGGAAGCAGAGUUAACCGAUAGGGAAACCAACUUUAAGAUCGCCACAGAUACAUUUCAAGAGAUGGAGGCAGCGUUGCAAAAGUAUAAAGACAGGCAGCCUAAUAUUGAUGUCGAAAUUUCAAAGCAUAAAAUAGAUAUUGAUACGUUAAGUUCUGAGCUUCAAUCUAAGAAAGACACCCUAAUUGAACUUGAGUCGACUGCAGAGAAUAAUCAGAGAGAUAAUGGCCCUCUGGAAGAUAUUGAAAAUCAGUUAGUAGCCUUAAACAGUGAACUAGUAGCUUUAAAAGAUGAAUCUAAAGUUAAGAACGAACAAAUUUCCGAACUACGUGCCCAAAUUAUGAAGAUUGGUGGCCUCAAGCUCCAAUCUCAAAACUCUAAAGUCGACUCCUUAACUCAGCAGCUUCAGAUAAUCGUAGCUAAACAGAAGAAAAAUAGAACUGAACUUAAAAAAAAUGAACUCGAAAUGAACAGAGCUUCCAAACAAAAGUUAGGAGCUGAGAAUGAUAUAAACCACUGUGAAAUAGAGCUAUCAAAAACAAAUAAUUCCCACGAAGCCCUACAAGAAGGCCUUAGAGAGACUGAACAUCUCAUAGAGGUUAUUGAAGAUAAGAAGGAGCAGUUAAACCAGGAACAUGAAACUGCAAAGAAAAACUUGGACGAUAAAGCUGCGUAUGUUGAAAAAUUCAAAUCAGAAGAAAUAGAGAUGUGCACUCAUUUAGAAAAGCUGAAAAACUUGGAACAUCAUAUAAAAGCUGAGAUAUCGCGAACUGAUGAGGAGCUGAACACACUUAAACUUAGAGAUGUAGAACAGUUGUUACAAAAACUCGAUGAACAUAACUUACCGUUAGAAUCUCUAACUGAUCGUGCAGUAACACCAUCUAAUCAAUGUAUUCCAGAAAUGACUGUUGAAGAUCAUGAUGCUGAUAUGAAUGAUGGGGAAGCAAAGCUAAUAUCCGAAGACCCUAACAGUUUCAACGACCAAGAGUCCAUGGAUGUAGACCAGGAUGCAUCAUAUAUCGGUCCAGGGUUACCAAAAUUAACUGAGGCUGAACUUGAUAAUAUUGAUAUUGAGGAGCUCGCACUUGAAAUCGCCCAAUUAAAAGAAUAUAUGGAUACUGCAUAUGCUGAUAUAGACAUUUUGGAAGAGUACGCUUUAAGACUGGCUGAGUAUAAAAGAAGGAAACUUGAUUUAAAUGAAUCUGUCGAAAAAAGAGAGGAAAUAAGAAAUAGGUAUGAAAUGUUAAAAAAGAGUCGUCUAGAAGAGUUUAUGGAUGGCUUUGGUAUCAUUUCUAUGACUGUAAAAGAAAUAUACCAGAUGAUUACCAUGGGCGGAAACGCUGAACUAGAACUGGUCGAUAGUUUAGAUCCAUUUUCAGAAGGUGUACUUUUUAGUGUAAUGCCACCAAAAAAAAGCUGGAGAAACAUUUCAAAUUUAUCUGGGGGUGAGAAAACUUUAAGUUCGUUAGCAUUGGUAUUUGCCCUUCAUAAAUAUAAGCCAACUCCAUUAUAUGUUAUGGAUGAAAUAGACGCCGCAUUAGAUUUCAGAAAUGUAUCUAUUGUUGCGAAUUAUAUUAAAGAGCGUACAAAAAAUGCCCAGUUCAUUGUUAUUUCUUUAAGAAAUAAUAUGUUUGAACUAGCACAGCAGUUGAUUGGAAUAUACAAAAGUAGUAAUAUGACCAAAAGUACUACUUUACAAAAUAUAGAUAUCCUAAAUAUCAAAUAA